CAUGUUGUUAUAAAUAUAAAUCUCCCUUCGUGCACUUAUCAUGGCCCUUAUCUAUAUGAUUGAACUUUGAAUAACUUUUUUAAAGAGAGUUUUUUUGUUUUUAUGCUGUCAACUUAUGUUUUUUUACGACUAGAUCUACGUUUAUUUGCUGAAAUGAUAAUAAUAAUAUAGACAUAGAAUUCUCGAUAUCUAGAUCUAGAUCUAGAGAUCUAAAUCUUGUCAUACCUAUAUAGUCAUACUGAUACGAUACAAAGUUUAUUGGUCCAAUUAGGCCUACAUCAAAUGGUCUAUAUCUACUUACAUAAUGAUAAGUUUAAAGUUACAUUCAUUUUAAUAUUCAUAGCGACUUGAUCAGAGUUCUAGAUCUAGACUCUAGCUAAAAAGUAAGAGUAGCUAAAUUCAAAAUUGUUAAUAAUUAAUAGUUAAUUCUAUCUAGAAGACAAGAUGACUUCAGUUGUAACUAGGCUUGGAACAAACUUUUCAAGGAUUAUCCAACAGAUCAAUUGUAAACAAACAGUUUUAUCUCCAAAUAAAACUAGAGUUUUCAUACCUGGUGGCUUUCCUUAUGAAGCCUUCAAUCCUAGAGCAUGCAUCACUCCAUGGAGCUUAAUCAAAAUGGUUGAGUGUGCCAGAGGCGCAAGCUUCUCUGCCAAUUUUCUAAAUGCCCAAGAACUUUAUAAAAACUAUUUCAUCUUUAUUGUCUCCACAUCAACAGCAGUUUCCCCUGACCUGUACGACCUGUCUGUCACCAAAGGACCACUCGUGCAGGAUGUAACUUUAGACUACGUAGGGAACACAAGCUUCAAACUAACAACAGUCAUGAGCAUCGAAGGCAUGAAGAAUCCAAUCUGCGAAAACCAAACUCAGUCUGUUUUUGUGAACAUCAACACAAGAAAACCUGCCCCGCCACCAGAAUGGUGGACUCAAAAGUAUUCCCUUGGUUUGAACAAUAAAGAGCCCCUGAAAUUAGUGCACCCAGAACCACCUUCAGGAGAAACGAUUCAAAAGAUUCAUCUUGAGGUUCCAGCCAGUGAUGUAGAUCCCUACUUACAUGUCAAUUGGUCCAAUUACAUUAAAUACUUCUACGAGUCUUACAUUCAGUACGAACUGAGAAAAAAAAGUUUGAAAGACGCCAAUCAUUUGUUCAGAAAUAUCAAAAACUUUUCGGUGUCGUACAUUCAUGAAUCCAACAUUGGGGAUAAACUGAGCAUCAAGUUAUGGGAGGACAUAAACGCUCAAAAUUGUUAUCAUUUCCAAUUGUUAAAAGGUCAAAAGGUUGUGAAUGAAAGUAGUAUAGAGUUUUUCCCAGUUGUAUGACACACAAAGACCAAUAAUGGAAAUUAAAAUGUUAAUAAAUUUUUGGAUCUAUUGCAAAAACAUCUAUUUAUUUAAUGUGUCAGUCCAUUCCAUGAGCUCAUUGGAGUUCUUACCUUACUUGUACUUUGCAUUCUAAUGCUCUUACAUGUCUGGAAGUUUACAUAAUAAUAAUAAGGCUUUUCUUUGAGUCUGCGACUUUAAAGAGUUAUCAUUUUUUCAGACUCUGUUUAGGUUAAUCAUUUUGUGGGCUAGUUGUAUAAAAUACUGUUUCAAAGUUGACAUGAUGAUUGAGAAAUUGUUUUUGUCAUUGUCAAAUGACUGUGAUAAGAAUGAAUUUUAACAUGUAUUUCUUGUUUUUCAAACAUGUUUUUAAGCAACAUUUAAACAUAACUUAAUUUUACUAAAAGUGAUGCAGAUAUUUUAUUGUGUAUCAGUUGUAACAGAAAGUAUUUUCAAGUUCACAGAAUUAAUUUUUUUUCUUCAUUAUUUUCUUUAGUGCCCCCCAAGGGAAAAAUCUGUUAUCAUUUUUGUUUAGGUCUCUGACAAUAAAAGUAGAUACAAUGACUAUUUUUGGUCUUAGGUUGCAAACUUUUUUUCUUUUUCGUACAAAUGCACCAUUUUAAAAACAACUCUUAAAAGGAAAUAGAAAAGUUAUGAGUGGGAUGUGCCACUUAAGAAAAUGCAAUUUUUUUUUUGGUAACAUUGAUACAUUAUAUAAGUUUUAUUAUUUGUUAAUUCUGUGACCAUUCAUUUCAUCUUUGAGCACUUCAUCCCCAAUUAAAUAUUUUUUUAGUCAUAAUGUAAUUGUGCUGUUCAGGCUUUGACUUUAAGCACUUAUUUCAUCUAAUAUAUAAAUAUUUUUUAGUAAUAAUGCUUUUUGAAAUGUUUAACAUGUUGUAGUGUUUAUAGUUUUCCCCUCCAUUCUUCAUACUUGCUGAGAAAUGAACUAAUAUAUGUAGAAAAGUAGAUAUAAUUUAUAAAGUAGAUAUAUUGUUUCUGUUUGAUGUAGGGAUGUCAAUAUUAUCCUGUGCACAUUGCAUGAUGUUAUUAAUGAUCAAAGGCCUAGGUGUGGUGGAAGUAUUGAAAAUCUUUUUGAGACAUAGAAGUACGAUUACAUUACUUAUGAUCAUGCUGAUGAUAACUUAUCUCCUGAAGGCCAUCUUUUUUUGUCAAAUGUUUUUUCUUGAAUAUGGGCAUGCCAUUUCAAAGCCUGAUAUAAUGGUUUAUUUCUUAUAAUAAAUGCUGGAUUCAACCAUCCUCUGUAACUGAUUCAUAUGGCCUAAGUUGUUUUUUAUCCCUGUUAUAACGUUAUAGUUAUACAUUGUGGUACUAAAGAACAUCCAAGGAAAAAUAUGCAACACUGGCCAAAAAAAACAAACGAUGUACAGCAAUAUCAAUCAAUGGAUCAUCUUCUGUACCUACUAUCAAAAGGAAUCUUGUUGAUUUCAAUUAACAUGCAAAAUCAAUUUUUACAUUAGCUCUAUAUCUAUGGAUGUUAAAUUUUUAUAUUUUUUGAUAGCAUUAAAUUUCAUUUUUAUUUAAUGUGUCACACUUUUUGCCAUGUAAAUGAAAAUAAAUAUCUGAAAUAUGGUUAAUUUCAUACUUUUUACAAUUAUUAUUUGUUGGACCAGAGGAUGAAAUGACUGGGGAUGAAGUGACUGGAGUUUAUGGUAUUCACACCUGAAGAUUUCCUAUACCUCUGAUAAAGUUCUUUACAUUCACCAUUACUAUUAUAAAAGGGCACUAUUGAUGACAUAUUUAGUCAUCUGUUAAAAAAAAAAAAAGGCUAAUGGUAAUGAAAUCUUGUGUCAAUUCCAUGUUUGUUGCUAAAAAUGUCUAAAAACUUGCCUUUUGACCUGUAAAAAAGAAAGUAAAGUUCCCCUUUCCGACCUUGUGGUCUAGGGCAGAUGAUGCAAAAAUCAUCUGAUUCUGUGGCCUACAGUUAACAAGGGUGUCAUGUAGCCAGCACAACGACCAACCGCCUUUACUUUUCCCAACUAAUGUCAGGUACCCAUUAGAGCUGGGUAGACUCAGAGGCGCCCGAAGAUCCCGAAAUUAAAAAUACCAGUCUUGAUUCGAACUCCGGUUCGGUAGCCAAUCGCUUUUACUGCUCAGCCACCAUGUGUCCCUUUUGACCUGUAGUGCUUACUAAACAGUGGACCUUGAAGGGCCACCAACAAGUUUUAUCUUGUCCAGAGGUUUAUUCGUUGGUACAUAAUGUGGAGUAUCUGCACAAAUUAAAAACAGUUCUGAAAUGUCAUGAUGAGAUUUACAAAGUAAAGACUUCAUAUUAAGAAUGUGGUACUUGAUCUGUCAAUAUAUAAUGAAAACCAGAAAAUAAUUUGUAAAACAUAUUUAUUAAAGGUUUAGUCUCAUUCUGAUUGUAUAAAAUGAAGGCAAAAAAAAAGCAAUUCAUUUCCACAAGAUAAUUAACUAAAGAUUCAAUCUCAACAUUUUAAGAAAGAAGUACAUGUCACAAUGUCAGGCAAACUGUUGCACAUAACAUUUUCUGAUUUUUAAAAACAAGGUAAGGUCAUUCAAAUAUUUGAUUAGUACUUUUUUUUUUAAUACCUAGGUGAAAUUAUUUGGUGAAGUUGAUAAUAAAUUUUAAGUGUGUUUUUCUAUUGAUAAAAGUUAUUAAAAAAAAAAAAAAGAAACAAGUUCACAA